AAUUCCCAUAAAUUUCCACUUCCCAUUUUUUUUUUUUUUUUUGUGUCAACUAAACAACUCUUCAUUUUCUCAAAUCCCGUGUAUUUCCACUUCCCUCAUUUUAUGUUGUCAACCAAACAACUCCUAGAUGACAUGACAUGGUCUACAUGACACAAAGACGUUCUUAGUAACGCCUUUUAAUAGAUCCCUUCCCCUUCAAAAGUAGGAAGUUGUCAAACAUGAAAGGAAUAGUGUUAUGAGUGUGUAGUCAAUGAAAUUUACUGUUCAUAAGCUUGGCAAAAGUUUGGAAGUUUGAGAUUGUUGCAUUUUGGAUGCAAUUUCAUUUAAUUUGUUGAGUCACUAAAUUAUACUUUAUCCCAUUUUCCUCCCUUCCAUUCAUUUUCCACUCUUUCUCUGUGUCUCUUUUCCCGAUUUUAGGCACUUCCAUUUAUUCAUAGAUGAUAAAAAAAAAAAAAAAAAAAAAAACUUCGCUAUCUCUCUCCUCCUGCUCUCUUUAUUUCUCCAUCUCCAUCUCCACCAUUGAAGCUAUACUCUGAGUUUACCAUCUCCAUUUCCAAUGCAACUUCAUUUUUUCAGAUUCCUCAUUUUUUUCUAUUCUCUAUAUUCUCAUUUUUUUUUCCAUUGGGUGUUGAGUUAUGUUGCUUCUAUGGCGGAUGAGGAUUUCGGUCGGCAUUUCCAUUGAAUCAGCAUUUCUUCCAAGUAGCGUUACUUCUUUAUGAUCAUCGAGUAUUAAUUUGACAAUUUAGGGUUUAAUUUCAUAUAGUGUUUAAUUUCCUGUAUAAUUUAUACAUAUAGAGUAAUUUGAAAAUAGUCUAACUGACUAUUCAUUAUUGCUUUUUUAUGGGUUUGCUUUGAGCUAAUAUAUGUAAUUUGGAUGACUUAUGGGUUUGUCUUAUCUUUGAUGUUGUUUUUUGGUUGCAUACGUUGAAAUUCUCUAGAAUUUUUAAAUUUUCUAUGAUAGUGUAAGAUUUUGCAAAUAUUUAGGUGGUCUUAAUUUGCUGAAAAUUCUUCUUUGGGAGUGUUUGUAUUUAUUAAUUUCUUCUGAAUUUGUGGUUUAAUAUGAAAAUUUAAGAUCAAGUUUGGUGGAAAACAGGUUACGGAGUAUGCAAUUAUUGUCUCCUCUGACUUAUGCGAAUCUUACUGAUAGAUUUUUAUGGUUUUGAUAACUUGUUUUAAUUUCAUUUAUAAAUUUCAAUUUAGAAUGUCUUGAAAAAACUAUUUGAAUAACUGGGUUGUAAAGUGUGCUUAAGUUUAUUGAGAAUUGGCUAUUCUUGUGUAUCUUAUCAUAUCGAAUGUAGGGAGAGGUGGUUUCAGUGAAGUGGUGCAUUCAAUUUGCAAAGUGGUGAAGAAAAUUAUUUUUCUAAGAUUUGUUUGGAUUCUUAACAGACUUUGUAUAUGUUUAAGCAAUUUGUCUUUGAAUGUGACUUUGUUAUUAAAUAUGAAAGGUUCUCAGUGUCAGUUAGAUUUCUUUAUUUGAUAGGAAGAAAUAAGUUAAAUUUGGUAAUACAACAUGGAUGAAAGGUUCACUUGCUUAUUCUUUGUAAACGUCUUCAGGCAAAAGCUAUGAAUGAUGCUUGCUGCUCUUACUGCAACCUAUGCCAAUUGUUUAAUGUCGUUAUAAGUGGUUUAUUUUAGGUUUUGGGAUUUCGGGGUAAAAUGGAAAGUAACUCAAUUAGGGUUGUAUAAUUUGGAUCAUCGAUUGAAAAAAAAGAGUAAUUUUUUGUUUUGGUUCAAUAAAAAAAUGUAUGAUUUAUAAUGAGAAUGAUGAUUUGGGUUUGCAAAGGUAGAAAAGUAGAUUUAAGUUUGGAAAAAUUGAGUUUGAUUGGUACUUUUCAUGUGGAUUUUAGUUGAAAAGGUAUCUUUUAAUUCUAUGUUUUCUAAAUGUUUAUUGAAGGAUUUGGAAGGUUCAAAGUUCAACCAGGAGCAGAGUAAUAAUGAGGGGCUUGACAGACUUGAAGAUAGGCAUGUUAGAGCUAGAGGAAGGUCUGAAGAAAGAUCUGCUUUUGUGAGUGAAGCUUCCAAAAGGACUAAGUUCAGCUUCGGCAGUGAUGACAAGAAAGAUGAAAGGCAAUCAUCAGGUUCAAAGCAAAGUGAGGAUUUUGCGGCUAAAGUAUCACCUGAGCAAGGUCUUGUUUCUGGUGAUCAAUUUGCUACAAGCGAGGAUGCUGCUAAAGUUGCUGCCAUAAAAGCUGCUCAAUUAGUUAAUCAGAACCUUACAAGUACGGGGUUCAUGACUGUUGAUCAGAAAAAGAAGCUACUAUGGGGAAAUAAAAAGAGCACCACUACUGAAGAGCAGAUUGACAAUCACAUGGAUGUCAAACCUGUCAAAACAACUAAAGUUGAAGAGAAAGAAAUCGUCAAGGUAGAAGACAAAGGUGUAUUUGUGGGUAUCAUUAAAGAUGAGUAAAUGAAGCCAAAGAUGAGAACGGUCCGACAUGUGGAAUGAGAUGAAUUUUGCGUUAGAGUCUUCCAAGGACUCUACUAUGGUUGGGCUGCUGAUUUGAUAUGGAUUGAAUUAGGCAUCUCACAUACAAGAAUGAGACUAAGUUUCUUCAGCAUUUUGUGUGGCUCUACAAAUUGCCACCUCAUGUAUAAAGUUUGGCAUGUUUAUAAAACUUUGCAGCAACCAGCCUAGUGUUUAGGAAGGAGUUGGAAAAACAGAGAGGGCUCAUUAAAAGAUACAUGAAGCAGCAAGAACAAAGGAAAACUGAGCAAGCAGAGAAAGAUUUAGAUAAUUGGGAGCCAUUAGUCAAAGAAGAGUGCAAAAGUCAUCAAUGGGCAAUGGCACAACCGCACAACGCAGAAGAGGUGGUUAGACAUAAGUACUUAAUUGUGUUAGAUUAUUCACUAGAUUUUUCAAACCUUUAGUGUAAUAUUAGGCAAAGAAGAGUGCAAAACACAUGGCUUAUUAGUGCUGUAAUACAGAAGUUCAUGGGUGAACUUUUAAUCAAGCAGACAGAUUAUUAUUCAUUCAGAUUGGAUCAUCAGAUCACAUGUUCUAAGCAAGGAGUUGUAACAUGGUUUUGAGAUGAAUCAGUUGGGUACUUGGUAUAGUCUAAUAAAAUCAUGAUUUGCUUCUC